UUUCGUUGGAUUCAAUGUUUCGUAGAGUGUCGACGGUGUACGUUGUUCCGCGUGAUUUUCUAUAAUUCCGUUCAUGUAGAAUAUACAUACUUGUAAACAAGGGAUUUUCCAACUAAACAUAAAACGAACAAAACAUUUUCCUAUCGCGAUUGUGAAAAUUGUGAAUUUUAGUUUACGCAAACAAUUUGGUUGAACCAAUUUGCAGUUGAAUUUUAUUUGAAAACUUUAAUUAAAAUUCAAGAACAACAAAAUGCCAGAAACUGAAGUGGAACUUGUAUCAAAAGAGUGGUUAUUGAAAGAGCUACGUUCAGCUACAAAAAUUCUUAUCAUAUUGGACUGUCGUAGUUCAAAUGAAUACCAGGAAGGUCACAUCCGUUCAGCUGUGAAUUUUUCGAUUCCCAGCAUUAUGCUGAGACGUUUGGCAAAUGGAAAAAUUGAUUUAACAUCAACGAUAAAAUGUAAAAUGCUAAAACAACGCAUUCAGACUGCAUACAAUGAUAGCUUGUUUGUGCUAUACAACGAUAAUUUGGAAUUGAAUUGUGAUGCGAUGAGCACAAUUAACGUGUUGCUGAGACGUUUGAAACAAGAUGGCUGCCAUGCUGUAUGCCUUGAAGAUGGUUUCACGAGUUUCCGGGAUGCGUUUCCGGAAUGGUGUGAGGAUGAUAGUGCAAACACAGAUACUACACAAGUACAUAGGGGAACUGCGCCCACAGAACAAUUAAUGGGAUUAAGAUCACUGCGCAUAUCUACUCGUCAUCCUGACUCAGCAUGCUCAAGUUCGGCCGAAUCGUCUGAUUGUGAAAGUACAACACAUCCGCAGCUAACUGAAGCGCCAGUGGAAAUAUUACCGGGACUGUUUUUGGGUAAUGCAACGCAUAGUGAAGACUCAACCGCACUAAAGAAGUACAACAUUCAAUACGUUCUAAAUGUAACGCCGGAUUUGCCCAAUGUAUUCGAGUCCACUGGUGGCAUGCGAUAUUUACAAAUUCCGAUCACGGAUCACUGGACACAAGACUUGUCUGUACAUUUUCCGAAUGCCAUAAGUUUUAUCGAUGAAGCUCGUUCGAAUGGCGCCUCAGUUUUGGUGCAUUGUUUGGCAGGUGUAUCACGAUCAGUAACAGUUACACUAGCCUACCUCAUGCACGCCCGUUCGUUAUGUCUGAACGAUGCGUUUGCAUUGGUUCGAUCGCGUAAGCCGGACGUGGCCCCAAAUUUCCAUUUCAUGGAACAAUUACAUUCCUUCGAAGGUCAACUAAUGAAAACCAAUCCAAACCGAACGCCGCUAUCGGCCGAUUCCAGUUACAUGACACCGGACUGUGAGAAGUGUCCGCGGCCGACCAAAUAUUCGUGCGCCUGUUUGGAGGUGGAAUGUCAGUGUAUGCAGACGGAUUUUUUAGGUGCGACCAUAGGAGCGUCACCCGACUCUGGUAUUGAAUUCGACCGGUGGCCGCCGAACGACGGGACACCUAAAUGAAGUCCAUUUGUAGGAAAACAUUUUGUCCUGCCAACGAAUGCUGAUGAUAAUUACAAACAGUAAUCGCCAGUGAAUCAGGAACACACAGCGCACACAGUGAACAGGAUUUAUUUUAAAAUGUUCAAUGUUGCGGUGACGAAAUUUCUUCCUACGUGGUUGUGAUUGUGAACAAAUUUUUAAGUCGUUACGUAAUUUAUUCAAAAUGCAAUUUGCAACAGAUGCACACACACUCACACACAUUACAUACACACAUUCUAAAAGUAUUCCUUUUCGUUGUUGAUUUGGUAUAUAUAUCGAAAAAUUAUGCCUUGCCACUUUUUUGUUUUCAAAUAUUUGUUUUUACAACAAAUGCGUUGAUGUCUCAGGUCUACAAAAAUUAAUUUUUCUUCCAUUGAAUAUAGCAUCAAAAUUGUUAUCCAAUAAAAUCAUUCAAAUAAAAAAAAGCAGUUGACGAUGUUGUAGUUACUGCGGUACACCUAAUAUAGUUACAUCGAAUCAGAGUAACAUUCCUUGUGGUUCAUUUCGUUUCUCAAAAAAUCAAUGCUUCCAUGUCGCACAAUAGAAAGUAGCAUUUCAAUAAGAAAAAUAAAUUAGUUUUAGCCUGUCGCGCACGCAACAUGUUUUUUGUUACUCAAUUUAAAUUCAGCCAAAAACGUAUGAGAUCUGAGAGUUGAACUCACUCUUCCAGAUCUUUAUUUUUUCUACUUAACUCUAUGAAUAACCAACAGUUUGUAAAAUCCAAUUGUUCACAAUUUUAGGCGUAGUUUUCGGCUCUUGAAAUGAUGGAAGUCUUACGACUCGAAGCGGAGAGUCUUCCAAAUUGGAACGGUUUAUAAAAAUCAGAUCAUUCGCAAAAGAUUUGUACGGUUCGAGUAAGGUUGUGAUAAAUAAUUUUUUUUUCUAAAGAAAAUAUCGAUUCCAUGAAUUGGAGUCAUAUUACAAAAACCUCAUGUUCCGGCUGGAAUUGUAUGAAAAUUACAUUUUUUUAAAAAUGUUUAGAGAAUUUUACAAAACGAAUAAAAGUUGACACUUCAGUACUAUUUAUUAACUAGGAUUAUAGACGCUGUAUAGCUCGCCGAAGUCGCUUAAUUUCGCAAUACGUUCGUUGUGUAAGAUUUCCAUAAAACGCGUAACUAAUCUACGAACGCAUAGUUUAUGCGCCACCAUAUAAUCGGACUAAGAACUUUUUUUGUUGUUGUAGAACUUAAUUUAGAUUAUUCGUUGCAUCAGAUGAUUAAAAUUUUAUUUCAAUACAGUGUGCUCAUCUCUACAAAAAAAAACUUUUGACAGUUUUUUUGAGAGUUUUAAAAGUCAUCGUUUUCCCAAGUCAAUUAAAGGUUUACCAGUCAAUCAAUGGUAUUUUGGCGGAAAAUUUGAAUUUGCUAUGGCGUAUUCAAAUUUUGCGCCAAAUUUUGACUGGAAACACGUCAUUGACUGGGUACAUCGAUGACCUUUAAAACUAUUAAAAAACUGUCAAAAGUGUUUUUUUUAGAAUGAACCAACUGUACCAUCUUUGAAAUUGGUAUGAGCAAUAAAAAAAUGAAUUUGAUGAUAAGUCCAAAAGACAAAGUCCACUUAAAAUUUGACCAUCUAUCGAUUGUGAACCGGUCGACGGAUUUUAUUUUUUACUUAAAAUGUUUUCAAAAAUAUAUAUAGUUUUACACGCACAGUAUAUCGUUUAUCCAAUAACAAUUUCGACUAGCUGUAAUAACAAGCCGUUUUCGAUCUAUGAAACAUUUACAAGAAAACAAUUAAAAAAUGAAAACUAAUUGCCCCCCUCAACAAAAUUGUCUUCAAUACGCACGUAAAAUAUAAACAAAAUUUUAAGAAAUGAAUUUUGGAUUCAAAUUCAUUGUUAAUUAAUUUAAAUAAAAAUUAAAGGAAAAAAGAAAAAAUAUUUAAUGCGCAUCGGCGAUUAUUUAAAAAUUGAAUCAAGUUCUAGUUAUAAAUAAUUUAGUCCAAUAAUUUCGUGUUAAAUGUGAUUUUGUGUUCAUGCUAAAUAUAUUACACGUAAAACAAACAAAAUUGAAAACUAAAUUUAAAGAAACAAAAACAAAAAAUCAUUAAAAACCAAACAUCGAAAUAUGUCGCUUGGGAAUGUUUUCGAAAUUAAAAACAGAAAAAUCUUUAUAUAAUGAAACAAAUAACCAUA